CCAUGUAUCCCGUGUGAUAGGGAGUCGCGUGGAGCGGACGACUCUUUCCAUAUUCCGCUUCCUUCCGCGCUCAUCCUUCUCCUCUUCGCCUUCGAGAUGGCCGUUGCUGCUGCCGCUGCCGUUGCCGAGAAGCUUUCCGAGUUGAUAUUCUCUGGGGACGACGAUGGUUGGGCCGCGGCCGUCCCGAAUCUCCAGAAGAAUCUGACGGUCCUCUCGCCGGAGCAGAUUGAGCUUGCAAAGAUGUUGUUACAAGAGGGACAGAAACAUCUAUUUGAACAUUGGCCAGAGCCAGGUGUUGAUGAUGGGAAGAAAAAGGAUUUCUUUGAGCAGGUUGCUAGGCUCAAUUCAAGUUAUCCUGGUGGUUUGAGUUCAUAUAUUCAGAAUGCAAAGAGGCUCUUAGCAGAUUCAAAAAUUGGUAAAAAUCCCUAUGAUGGCUUUACUCCUUCGGUACCGUCAGGACAUGUUCUGACAUUUGGUGAUGCUGAGUUCAUCAGGUUGGAAGAGGCUGGCAUUAAAGAAGCCAGGAAAUCGGCAUUUGUUCUUGUUGCAGGAGGCCUUGGUGAACGUCUAGGAUACAAGGGUAUUAAAUUGGCUCUCCCCAUAGAAACCACCACUGGCCGAUGCUUUAUGCAGCACUACGUAGAAUCUAUUCUAGCUCUGCAGGAGUCUAGUUGUAGACUAGCACAAGAUCAACGUCAUUCAGAGAUUCCUUUGGUGAUAAUGACUUCUGAUGACACUCAUACACCGACGAUAAAACUGUUGGAAUCAAACAAUUAUUUCGGAAUGAAAUCCACGCAAGUGAUAUUACUUAAGCAGGAAAAAGUAGCCUGCCUAGAUGAUAAUGAUGCAACGUUAGCAUUAGAUCCCAAUGAUAAAUACAAAAUUCAGACAAAGCCUCAUGGUCAUGGCGAUGUGCAUGCACUGCUUUAUUCCAGUGGACUUCUCAAUAAAUGGAAACAAGAAGGCAUAAAGUGGGUCCUGUUCUUCCAAGAUACUAAUGGACUACUCUUUAAGGCAAUUCCAGCUUCCUUGGGAGUUAGUGUGACAAAGGGUUACCAUGUCAAUUCUCUUGCUGUUCCUAGGAAGGCGAAGGAAGCUAUCGGAGGAAUAACAAAGCUUACUCACACUGAUGGGAGGUCAAUGGUCAUAAAUGUGGAAUAUAAUCAGCUGGAUCCAUUGCUUCGAGCAACUGGGCAUGCUGAUGGAGAUGUGAAUUGUGAGACAGGUUUUUCUCCAUUUCCAGGAAACAUAAAUCAGGUGCAUUUUUGUUCCUUUGUUUUCAUAAAAUAACUAUUUAUAACCCAG